CGGCCGGAAGUUCCGGUGGCGGCGAUCCGGGCCGGGCCGAGCGGGGCGCGGGCUGCGGGCGGCCGGGCGCGGAGCCCGCGAGCGGAGCCCAGGCCGUGCCGCGCGGCGCCAUGAAGGGCAAGGAGGAGAAGGAGGGCGGCGCGCGGCUGGGCGGCGGCGGCAGCCCCGAGAAGAGCCCGAGCGCGCAGGAGCUCAAGGAGCAGGGCAACCGGCUCUUCGUGGGCCGCAAGUACCCGGAGGCGGCGGCCUGCUACGGCCGCGCCAUCACGCGCAACCCGCUGGUGGCGGUGUACUACACCAACCGCGCCCUGUGCUACCUGAAGAUGCAGCAGCACGAGCAGGCGCUGGCCGACUGCCGGCGCGCGCUGGAGCUGGACGGCCAGUCGGUGAAGGCGCACUUCUUCCUGGGCCAGUGCCAGCUGGAGCUGGAGAGCUACGACGAGGCCAUCGCCAACCUGCAGCGAGCCUACAGCCUGGCCAAGGAGCAGCGGCUCAACUUCGGCGACGACAUCCCCAGCGCGCUGCGCAUCGCCAAGAAGAAGCGCUGGAACAGCCUGGAGGAGCGGCGCAUCCACCAGGAGAGCGAGCUGCACGCCUACCUCGCCAGGCUCAUCGCGGCCGAGCGCGAGAGGGAGCUGGAGGAGUGCCAGCGGAGCCACGAGGGGGACGAGGACGACGGCCACGUCCGCGCCCAGCAGGCCUGCAUUGAGGCCAAGCACGACAAGUACUUGGCCGACAUGGACGAGCUCUUCUCGCAAGUGGACGAGAAGAGAAAGGUGAGCCUUGUCGGCGGGGCCCGUGGGCAGGUGCCGGCCGCCCGCCCACUGAGCGCGCCCUGUGUGCAGAGGCGCGACGUCCCCGACUAUCUGUGCGGCAAGAUCAGCUUCGAGCUGAUGCGGGAGCCCUGCAUCACGCCCAGCGGCAUCACCUACGACCGCAAGGACAUCGAGGAGCACCUGCAGCGCGUGGGCCACUUUGACCCCGUGACCCGGAGCCCCCUGACCCAGGAGCAGCUCAUCCCCAACCUGGCCAUGAAGGAGGUCAUCGACGCGUUCAUCUCGGAGAACGGCUGGGUGGAGGACUACUGAGCCCCUGCAAGGCCCCGCCCCCGCCCCGGCGCCGCCCCUGUCCUGCAAUAAAGUCCGUGAGCACGA